GGCGCAGCUUGCUGUUGUCAGUAACUGGAGGCCGCGGGGUUCGGGGCGAGCUUCUGCGGCUGCGGUGGCCGGGGGUACCCCCUGCCCCGCUCCCCACUUCCUUUGCUCAGCUUCCCAAGACCUGCUCCUCCAAAACACCACCUCUGCCCACUCUCACCACCUGGAGAGGAUCCUCACAGAGUGCUCCUCCGGACUAGAGCUGAGAACAGACCAGUCCUAACACUGAACACAGGGAACACUGGGAGCCAGAGGAGAUGUUACAUGUUGUAAAGAGUAUAGCCCUUGGUCUGGGAAUCACAAGCUAGAAGUUUCUCGCCCUCCAGCUGGACCAGAAAUCCAAUUUUCUUCAGGUGGAAGGAGAUGCUGUUUACUCAUUCAUCGCUCACAAGGCUGAACGAUCAGCUGCCUUUCUGAAUCAGAAGAUAACUUUGUCAUUCUUUUCCAACUGAAAACCAUGACUCAUCAAUUGGUACUGUAGGAGCUGAAUGACUUAAACGCCAGGCUGUUCUGAACAGCCAGGUACAGGAUUGGAUUCAGGCCAUCGAGUGGAGGCUGUUGGGAAUGGCUGAGAAGUCUCUAAGGAGAGGAGGUUGCUGUUUACUGAUGGGUGGAGUGUUUUAAAGUGGUGAAGCCGGUCAUCCAUUUCUUCUUUUAAUGUGUCAUGUGGUUUUUCCUGGGAGCUGCUGCCUGAGUGGAAAUGCUGUCAGUGGUGGAAAAUGGAGUGGACCCCCGGGAUGCCAUCUCGGUCAUCAAGAAGAAGCUAGUGGGAUCCAUGAAGGCGUUGCAGAAGCAGUAUGCAUCCUCGGACACAGUGGUCACCAGUGAAGACGGAGAUGCCAACACCAUGUGCAGCGCCCUGGAGGCCGUGUUUAUCCACGGCCUGCACGCCAAGCACGUCCGAGCGGAGGCCGGGGGGAAAAGGAAGAAGAGUGCCUACCAGAAGCCUCUGCCUCAGCCUGUCUUCUGGCCCCUCCUGAAGGCCAUCACCCACAAGCACACCAUCUCGGACUUGGAGCACCUGGUCUUUGUCAGCACGGACGUGGGCCGCUGCCGGGCCUGGCUGCGGCUGGCCCUCAACGACGGCCUGAUGGAGUGCUACCUGAAGCUGCUGCUGCAGGAGCCAGCCCGCCUGUGCGAGUACUACCAGCCCUCCGCCCUGCUCCGAGACCCCGAGGAGAGCGAGUUCGUCCUCAGCUUCCUGCAGGGACUGACAUCCCUGUCCUUCGAACUCUCCUACAAGUCCUCCAUCCUGAACGAGUGGACGCUCACCCCGCUGGCCCUCUCUGGGCUUUGCCCAUUCUCUGAGCUCGACCCUGUCACUACCUCGGGGACAGAACUACAGCGGAAGGAGUCUCUGGAUUCCAUCUCCCAUUCCUCGGGCUCAGAGGACAUCGAAGUCCAGCACUCGGGCCAUAAGAUCCAACGGAACAGGCAGCUCACUGCCUCCUCCCUCAGCCUGGACACGGCCAGUUCGUCCCAGCUGUCCUGCAGCCUCAACUCCGAUAGCCUCCUACUCCCCGAGAACGGCUCCAAGAGUCCAGACCACUCUGAGGAGCCCAUGUCCUACGACUCAGACCUGGGGACAGCGAAUGCCGAUGAUUCAGACCCGUCUCUGCAGGAGGUGUUGUCUGAAUUCAACAAAGCCCAGGUAAACUCUGUGCCAACCAACGGACUGAGCCGAGGAACGGAGAUGCCCGCACUGCAGGCCUCACUCUCCCUGCACGGCCUCUGCCUCGACACCAGCACACACCUGCACGUCGAGGCGCCCGCAGAGCCCCUCCCUGCCCGAGCAGCCUCUGGGCCUGCAAAUGGUGGCCACAAGCAGGAACCGCUUUCCCUGGCACCUGGCAUCCUGGGCUUGCAGCAUCUGGGCACUGCCCAAGCUGUCACUUCGAGGAGCACUUCAGACCAGCAGCCUUCUAGUCCUGUGAGAGCAGUCGGCCAAGGGGAUGGGCAGCAGAGGCCCUCGGUGGAUGACGGAGCUGGACUGAGCCUCAUGGUUUCCUCACCCACCAGUCCGGUGAGUGGUUCCGGCUGUUCUGGGGGUGGUCUUGGUAAAAGGUCUCCAAGCCAGGGUUUCCCCGGUUGAUGACCCCAAGCGGUCUCUGCCUUCUUCCCAAUUACCCUCUCUCUCUGGGUGGUGUUAGUGUUAAUAGCCUCAUGAUGAUGGAGCUGGUGUUUCUUGGUGUGUGAGUAGUGGACAUAAGCUGGGCACCAUGCCCAUCAGUUCCCAUGGUUAUCUCCUGUCAUCUCUGCAUCGACUCUAUGACAAGAUAAUUCUCACUUGACCACAGACUCUCUGCUCUUAAGCAACUUAAGGCCUUGGGCCAGGAACUUCACCUCACUGGCCCUUGGUUUCCUCCUCAGUACUUGUUAUGAAUAAAUUGAUAUUUUUAUAUA